AUGCCUGCUAUUCCCAUUCAAUUAAUCGCGACACCCUGUAGGGUGUGUGAUCCACCAAAGGCCCAUCACUCACCGGAUUUCUCAGGCCGGAUAGUGUACCUCAUAUAUGGUUGGACGGAUGUUGUGGUAUUUCCAAUGCUGUGUGUCAUCUUGAUCACUCGGUUACAUGCCAUGUAUCAACGAUCCACAAGGAUCCUGAUAUUUCUCGUCGUCGUGUCCUUGCCUAUCAACAUUUUCGACGUAGUGGCCAAUGCAAUAGUAACAAGGCAUGAUUCAGGAGAGGAACUCAUUCUCUCUGGCACCUAUGCGUGCACGAUUGACUAUGCAGACAAUUUCUCACUUGUGAAUUCCAUUUCUUGGAUACUCAGCACUGUCUGGGAGGUCCUCGCGAUGUGUCUCGCAGUCUGGAUUGCUGUAAAGCACUUUCGUGAACUGCGACAACAUUCAGCAGGAGGGAUAAUUGGCGACUGUUUCACGGUGUUGAUAAAAUCUCACGUGUUUUACUUUGCGAGCUUUGCUGCCGUGUCUUGCUUCAGCCUCGUAAUUAAUUUGUCUCCGACGAUCUUAGCGAACCCAUUUUCCCUCGAAACUCAGAUUGUUAUUGGUGUUGCCCAGAUUUUGCAAGUCAUACAGUGCUAUGUGCUAGGACCGCGCCUCAUCCUAAGCCUUCGAGAAUAUCACGCUCGGCUCGUGGCUGACUCUGAUGCAGCAACCGGCAUGACCUCAAUCGCUUUCCAGGAGCGCGUGCAAAUAUCGACAGGCAGUGAAUGUUUGAAAGAGACAGGACAAGGCACCCCAGCCUACAUCAACUCGAUACUCUCGUGGCUCUGUAAGUUCGGGCGCAAGAUGAGAGGGACACCGGUGGUCGCUGUCGCCCACGGUUGGGACCUAGUGGAUGGCUCCGGGCGUGGAACGUGGGCCCCGCUUUUGAAACCGAGGACACCCACUGGGCAGCUCAAUCUCCUGGCUGGGUUGUGA